GAAAAGGUCCAAUGAGUUCAAAACGUGACGAGGUUGCAGUCCAGUAUGGCGUGGAGGCAGUUUCCUAACUUGCUAAGGUUGAUGGAGAACUUAUUUACGACCAGAAGGUCAAGAACCUGAUACUCAAUGCACAAAUGCUCCAGUCCUCUCGUCAGACUUGCAAGUGAUGCAGAGCUCGGGUCUACUUUCACGAUCUCUCUCUCUCUAUACCCCAUGCAGGCAAUGUUAGCAUCAAAAUGAAGGAACUUUAAAUGUUUUUGUACUUCUUGCAUUUUCAUUGGGACCCAUCUAAAAUUCAAAGUUGGAUCUAAAUCUAUCUAUUGUGCAGUUUUAACUUUGCAGUCAUUGAUUGUUUUAUCAUGUCCCAUAGUGGGAAAGGUUUUAGUGGAGGGACGUAUCAAUGGAUCUGAAUCUGCAGUCUCUCUCACUCGGAAAAAAAAAGGAUUUUGGGGUUUAGAUCUACAUUAAUAUAGCCUUCGUUUACAGCAAUUUGGAGAGGAAACUAUGUUAUGGACAUGCUUAUUAACAGAAAAGGAGAUCCAGAGGGACAACUCUCUCUAAAAAAGCUUAGAGAGAUAAAACUACGUUGUUUACCGUUAUCGUGAUUCGAAGCACUUUAGCCAAGUUCAUCGAAGUCCAAAAAUUCUGAUGGCAAAUAUUGGGUUGAUUUAAAAAUGCAUUUCCCACCGACUUCUGUAUUGAAAUGAUAAUAAUAAUCCACACUUUCACAAGCGUCCAACGAGACGCACGUUCCAUCUGUCCAUUGCACAUCUUAAUCCCCAUCAGACAAAAAUUAUGUACGUGUAACAAAACACACUUCCCUAUUAAAUAACUCUUUCUGGGAAGACGUUUGUCCCCCGCCUCUCUCUCAGGAUUACUACUUAUAGUCGGUGUGCGAUGAAGCAGCUGAAAGAAGCCAUGGAAGAUGGUGUGACUGAAACAGUGAGUUUUCUGCAUCCUGAACAAGAAGAGGAAGACCAUCAUCAUCAAGACACAGCUCCUGGAUUACUGAACCAUAUCUUCUCUAACUUGGUUUCUAAAGGGGAAGCUUCUGAAGAGAAACAGGAAGAAGAAGAAGAAGGUAAGGGAGGUGGGAUUCUCAACAAUCUUAUCUCCCACUUGGUUACUCCUUCGAUUGAUCCAAAAGCCGGAGAAACAAGCCAAGGUGAUGAAGUUGAUGAUAAGAAGGGCAAAGAAGAAGAUGAGCUUGUAGUGAAGAUCGACGAAGAUAGUGGCGGAGGCGUCAUUGAUAAAAUAGUUUCCCACUUCCCAGAAGAUGUUGUUCCAACAGAUGAUGAGGCUUCUAUUCUGAUUCACUCCAUUGUCCAUGAUUAGAGGAGAAGGUGUUCUACUACUUAUGUGUAAUUAACUGUCAGGAUUUUUCAUUCUAUAGGGUAGAAGAUGCAAUGAUUGCAGGGAUGUAAUCAUGUACUUGUAACUCCACUGCAACUCAAUAUUGGUUUCAUUUUCAUGUUGAUUUUGUUUUGAAUAAAAUUGCUUUUUUUACCCAA